AUGGUUGAGCAACCUACCAUCCAGUCCGCAGACACAGAUGGCAACGGACCAGCGAAACGUCGACGAAGACCAGCACUAUCAUGCGUGGAAUGUCGCAUGCGCAAGGCGCCCGAGAUUCCCAAUCAGUUCAAUGCAAUCGUCAAUCGUUAUGUGGCACCCGGGCUUCUUGGAGAAUGCGACGGCCAGCCGAAGCCUCUGCCCUCCAAUAGACCGGCUUUUGGCUUGAACUCGCACUCGGACUCUGCGCAAGCUUCUAUCAUCAACAGCUUGUUGGAUAGGAUUCAGGGUCUGGAAGAACGACUGGCGAGCGCUACCCUCAACGAGAACCCGAGAAGUAGUACAUCGCCGAGACGGGAAAGCGCAAGUGAUACGAGCGCUCAGUUUGUGAAGGCAAAGUACUAUGGUCAGAGUCAUUGGAUGAACGCUAUCGAUCCCGUGAGUGCUUGA